ACUCAGUGGACAUUUCUAUUUCAAACUGCGGCGAAACGUGCAGCAAGCUUCACCAGAUGUUUACGUCUUUGCAAGGAAAGCUUCUGAUGAUCACAGUAAGCAGGUUCUGAGCUGUCUGGUCACUGGUUUCUACUCCAGAGAUAUUGAGAUGAACAUCAGAUUGGACAGAAUUACCAUUGAAAACCAAAUAUCAUCUGGAAUCAGACCAAAUGGUGAUGGAUCCUUUCAGAUGAGAAUCAGUGUGGAGAUAGAUACUAACCACAAAGGAUCUUAUGAAUGUUUUGUCAUUCACAGCAGCCUGACAGAACCAGCUUCAGUAGAAUGGGAUGUAAAAUGUUUUAACUGUGAAACAAGAACUCAAUGGCCAAUACUAGUGGCAAUACUAGUAGCAGCUGUAGCUCUAGCUCUCGCUGUGUACAUUAACGAAAAGAAAGAGUCAAAUGAUCUGAUGAGAAAUCAUCGUUGUGGUUAUGGUGCAGUGAGUGAGCAGAUAUCGAUGACCGGUGCAGCGUGUGCUGAUACGUCUGAUGAAGAGCUCAGUGCUGAUGGAUUUACAGACUAUAGGUCACUUAAUUAUGACCCUGUUUAUUAUGUUCCUUUAUGCUAAGCUGAAAUAUGACUGCAUCAAACUUCACGUUUGAAAGUUUCUUGCAACAUUUUGAAGGAUCAAGAACACAUAGUAUUUGUUAUUUAUGUAACAGUAUUGUUCUCUGGCGUUGUUUCGGGGAAAUGGAAAUGUUGAAAAAGAAAUCUGCAAAUUAUUGUGAAAUUUCAGAGGGUUAAAAUCUUCUGGCCAAACUGAGUACUGCAUAAGUUUAUAUAAAGUAUUUUUCAUUUUACAUCAUUAAUGGACCAUUUUUACAUUUCACUUUUGUAUUCUUAUUUGCUCCAGUAGCAAAAGUAAUAAUCCAAGACAGCAUUUCAUGACUUUCCUAAUUAGAACAAAAAGUGGAGAGAUUGAUUAA